CUCGCCCUGGCCUGGCAAGCACCGUAACUCGCUAUACUUGUAUCCGCGCCAGCACGCCAAUCCACCAGAGGAUCAUAGACAAAGGCCUCCAGUAAGGUCAGAAGCGUCUCGCGGCCUCUACGCAUCACUCUCAAAAACCAACCACUGAUAGCGGCUGAUAGUUGAAACAGUACUUUGCCAGGGAAACCACACACAGAUGAGCAGAUAAGUGAAACCACUCUUGAACGAACGAAGCAGUAUCGUAUCUGUCGCAGAUUGUUCCGUAUUGAUUUAUACUUUGUCGUCAAAACAUAUUAUAAACGUUCUCAUGAAUAUAAAAAAUUCGCGCUUCCUCAAAGGUAAACUCCCGUUUCUUCGAAGGAUAACGAAACAGAGACGAGAUUUACGUAAUCGGGAUGCGUGAUCCGGUGUGUACUUUGACGUUUCAUAAAGUACCAUUAAAAACCUGUUUUUCCUUGUGUGUGCGGAAGGUAAAUGGCCAAGUAUAGAAAUUGUGUUCGCGAUUUUAUCCAGCAGUUUUACACAACGUGCGACUGAGAGUACAUCUUCAUAAAGCAAUCGUAUUAUCAAGAUACGGCAUAAAUACGUAUUCAAUCUGAUUUCUGAUAAUAUAUCUCCGCGCAAAAUUUUUAUGGCGUCAAAAAGGAUACGAAUCAUGUAUUUAAAAGAGGAUAACGUUACUGAAGCGAGUGAAAAUACUUCGAAUACACCACCGAUCGAGUCAGAACCUGAGGAUCAACGCAUUUGGAUUUUCGUAGACAGCUUUCUGUUUAUCGUGAUCGUUUCGGGAAACGUUCUCACGAUACUGGCCAUCGCCUGGGCCCGCAAGCUUCGAAAUGUCAUUUCCAAUUAUUUUAUACUCAAUCUAGCGGUGGCGGAUCUCCUGGUGGGUGUAACGUUGCCUUAUCACUUAGCGUUUUAUGUGGAUCAAUCGUUGAACAGCAACAAAACGUUAUGCAUCUCGCUCUUCGUCAUCAUCGGCUUAGCUUGUGGCGGGAGCAUAUGCAAUCUCAUAGCUAUCGCUAUAGAUCGUUACAUCGCUAUCGUGUAUCCGUUGCGUUACAAUGCGUACGCGACGAGGAAACGCGUACUGAUAAUCAUAGCCAUCAUUUGGACAUUCGUCAUAAGCGUGUAUUCGAUUCCGAUAUAUUGGAAUUGCUUCGAGACCGCAAAGAAAUGCGAAAUGCAAACGAUAUUGCCGAGUUACUACCUAUUGUAUAUAGUGCUGCCGUCCUUUUCUCUCAGUUGGAUAACAAUGUUUCUGUUAUAUUGGAAGAUUUGGAGAGAAGCGCACAAGCAUGCACGCCGAAUGAAUCUCAGUAUUAUUCCGAACAUCGCUGGGAAACAUGAUCAUAAAAGCGUACACGUGGUGCUGCUGAUACUUGGCUGCUUUUCAAUUUGUUGGCUUCCCUUUUUCGUCGUAGCUUGCAUUCGGCUCUUUCUUCUGGAAGUGCCUUUAUCGACUCUAUACAAAUCCACGUUUGCAUUGGCCGUUGCUAAUAGUGGAAUGAAUCCCUUCAUAUACGCGUGGAAAAACACCAAUUUUCGCAAGACCUUUCAGAAAAUUUUGCACUUCAAAUCACCAAAUAGAAAUUUUAACUCGAGCUUCAAAAUAUAUUUAGAAAAUCAACGCGAAUUACAAAAACAACAGACAAAUGUAGAAAAUGGUAUAGACAGAAACGAUAAUUUGCACGAAUGUUCGUCCAGUCAAUCUAAUUUAGCAGAAGAGAACAGAAUAAACAACACAAUUUUGUAAAUCAAAUUCUAUAAAGUUGAAAAUUUGCUAGAAAUCUCAAUCUCUGAUAGAAAAUUAUAUAAAAAUUGUUUCACUUUUUUAUAUUUAUUUACGUAUAAAUGACUUUUUUAAAAAUCAAAAACAUAGAUAAAAAAAAUUGUAAAAAUAUCACAAGUUAUCGUGCAAAACUAAAAUACAAAUAUACGUUAUGCAAAUUUUUAAUCUCUACGCGAUGAAAUGUUUCAUCAUUGAUCAAACUUUCUAGAAUUAAAAAGAUAAAUAAUAAUAUAAA